AUGGUUGUCUUUGAUCUUGAAACAUGUAUAUCUGGGAUUUGCUUUGUUUGGAUAUUUGAGCCAAAUUUGCAGCUGAGUGUUGAAGGAGGGCUGAAGUUUGGUGCGCGAAAUGGCAGUACCUCCAGCAAACAAGAUAACUGGUUGAUUUUUGAAUUGAAAACAAUGGGUAAGAAAGAUGCCUCUACAGCAAGAACUCCUGUUGACCAAUACAGGAAACAAAUAGGAAAGCAAGAUUAUAAGAAAACCAGACCUAUGUUAAGAGCAACGAGAUUAAAAGCAGAAGCCAAGAAAACUGCACUAGGCGUGAAGGAAGUUGCCCUUGUCCUUGCAGCUAUAUUGGUACUUCUGUUGGCUUUUUAUGCUUUCUUUUAUCUUAACAUUUCCAGUGAAGUUGACCUUGAUCUGGAUCCAGAUGAAAACUAGCAGAUGCAAUGAAUCUAUCAAGAUUUCUUCAGAUUGAACAAGACUACAUAGAAACAAAGUCCCUUCACUGGGAGACAGUAAACAAUGCCAUUUCUUGCAGUCCAAAUUCAUAAGUUUUGCAGUACGUUACUUCUACAUUCCAGAUCUCCAGAAGAAAGGAAGAACACUCAUGCCCUGCAAGCAUAUUUGGUUCAUGCCAAAAUCAGGAGCUGCAGCACAAUACGGGAAGUUUAUUGUUUACAUUGUAUUUUCUCAGGCAGAGAACUUUGAUGUCAAAAGACAGGUGCUAUUAUUAUCUUGGGUAUUGAUGCUGACUCCGCAGGAGAAGAAUCUGCCUUGACCAAAUUUAGGAAUCAAAGCUUCCUAAUAGCUGAAUUAGGUUCUUUUUCUUUUCCCAAAAGAAAGCGGAAAUAUCAUACCAAAAAAAAAAAAAAGAAAUCCUUUAUUGAUUUGUAUUUAAAGUAUAUCAAACCCCCCUCUUUCUUUCUCUCCCUUUUCAUCUUUCUUUUAAACGUGUAUGCACAAAUGCACUCCCAAAAGAUGGAAGAAAUUGUAGGGAAAAAUUAUCUUUUUAGAAGCAGUCUGUCACCUCCUAUAUGGACUUAAUUUUAUGUCAUCCCAGAUUCUGUGUGCCCAUAUAUCUACAGUAAUCUUUUUCAUUCUUUUGCCAACUGUUCAGCACACAUGUGUUCUGUCAGAAAUGGCACCUGGAUGACAGAAGCUCUAACAUUCGCAUAUGCCUCUGAAACACAGUGCUUUGCCUCCUGUGCUGUCUGAACUAGUGUAAAUAGAAAGUUCAAUCGAUGUUGGAUUUAAUUAGUGUAUUGCUCUAUUAUUAAUAAAAAGUCAAAGUUGUAUUUUAAUUAUAAUCUGCCGGCUGGUUGUGAUAUCAACUUGUUCUACCUGUUUGGAGGGUAUUGUAAAAAAAAUGUAUAUUUCCAGUUAUAAAAUCAUUUUUAUCAUGAAACUAAUGUAUGAAGUUGUGAGUAUUAAGAAUCCUCUCACGUAUACUUCUUGUAAGUGGGAAAAUCUUGGCUCCAUGUCAUCCUUUAGUUCUUGCAAAGUACUUUUUGGAAUAUGCAGUGUGGAUAUCAUUUCUGAUGCCUUUGAUAACCAGAAGCAACUUGAAGAAGUCGGUAUGUCAAAGCAGCUGCAGGAAGCUUUAAAAUUUUGGCUUUACCCAGUUCUGCUUCAGCUUUGGCAUAUUACUGAGCUUGUGGUUGUAAAGGAUUUCUUUUGAUCCUUCAAAAAUUUGGUCAGUUUUUCUCUAAUUUCUUUUAUUUUUGAAACCAAGAAAAGCAUGGACCCACUGCUGCCAAAUGUGUAAGGGAGUCAGGCAGUUUGAUUUCCAGAAAAGUUGCCAUAAUUUUGAAAUUUUAUUAGCAAACCAGCUUCUCUUAAUCUUAGGUACCCAUUUCAGUUUUAGUUGCAACUGUAGCAUUUACUGACUUGUUCUGGAAAUGCUUCACUGAGUUUCCAUAUAGUGAUUCUGGAGACAAGGGCAUACCAAACUCUAGCAACUACUAUAAUGGAAACUAUAUUUAUUUUAAAUUGACACGGUCCCAUUAUCAGCACUUAGGGAACUUAGCUCAAUACAGUCAGUUUUUAAACCGUACAGUAACUAUGACCAUAUAUGCUGUGAGUCUCUAAGGAUACGCUUCUCUGUCAUACUCCUCAUUCACUUUAUGCAGUGCAAAACAGCUCCUCUAGACAUAUAGAGCACACCAUCUUCCAAGGAUGUGAAAGAGCAAUACAUACGUGCAAAUAUUUCUCAUUUUCUAAUUAUGACUGUUGCAGACAUUCAUGUGCCUGAUAGUCUGCUAAUGCUCCUAUAGAUGACCAAACGGUUACUGACAUGUUGCUUUUAUGGCAAAGCAUUUUCUGACACAUGGCCCGCUUUUCAGUGGGGAGCAAAGCUCGUCACAAACUGUCUUCUUGGAUGUGACAUGCUGUUUGUUUCACCAGUGCCACACCACAUGUCACAGAAGCUGCAGACCUCUCCUUUUGCCUUGCAUGAGCAAUUUUCCUGCUCCAUAAAAUACUGGAAGGGUUGCUAUGUUAAUGUUUGUGUGUAGCUCCCUGGGUGAUGUGGUCUGAGAAUGAUGUGUGGUUAUCACCAUCACACAGGUUGUCUUUUAACUUGCUUUCUGAAUCAGUCGUAUUAAAAAGCAUGCUAUUCCUACUGUCAAAUUUAUGAACAUGAUGUUCCUAGAAGAUCUAAUUUCCCAUAAUUAUGACUCAUAGACAAAAUCCAGUGUGCGUAUGUGUGUGACUGAAGCAGCUUUCCUGAUUUGUGGCGUAUCAAUCCACAUUGCCCACAAGUGCCAUAGUUUGCAGCUUGUCUGUUGGCUUCAUUUCAGUUAGACCUUUUCAUUUACAUGAAAGAUAAAUAUAAUGAGAAAUUUUUCUGUUGCUUAGAUAAAGUGGAUAAAUUUCUGUUCAGUGUACAUAGAAAUACCUGGUAAAUAUUGCAGCAAAUACAAUGAUUCUCUUAUCAGUACAAUAAUUUCUAAUGGGACCAUGUCAAUAUUUUUUUAAAGCUAAAACCUCUACCUCUCAUCGGAUUCUUCAUCCUUGGUGUUCUAAAAGGCACAGACACAACAAUAUUAGAAUUGAAGUUAUAUUGUGAGCUUUCUCAUUCGUGAGUAUCCUGAGUUCAGGAUCUGAUUUACUCCGAGGGGAUCAUAAUCCAGCCUGAAGUUAUUUCUGUUUUCUAGAACAUAGUGUCCAUACCUGUAGGUAUGUCUUGCAAAUAUACGGUUUAUUUUACUUUGCUUAUAUCUCAGAUUGAAAUAUGCCUCCUCAUUUUUUUGGGACCAUCUAUCUUCGUAUGAGUUGCUUAGUGCUUGUCUUAAUAAUAAAUGGAUUUUUACUCUC